AACCUUUCGAAUUAUAUAUUUUUAUUUUUAUUUACUUUAAUUAUGCAGGCUGGACAGGGUGGAGUGAUAUUUAGGAUUUGGAAAUAAAUCUGAAUCCUGAAUGUCUAGAACGUCUAAAUGGACAGAAUAUCUAUAAUUAAUAUGGUAAAAUGAUAUAAUUACUAAACAAUUUUACUAUCAAGAAUAUUGGAUGAAGUACAGUACAAAUUAAAUAGUGUAAUAGAAUUUAUUACUACGAUCGAGUUAAGAUCACUUGUUGCUAACUUAUAAAACUUUUCUAACUUUCCGGAAAUCAUUGUCAUUGCCAUAAAAUAAAAUUGUUUUUAUUUUUGAGUAAAGUUGAUUGAUAAGUAGGAUAAUAACAAAAAAAUAUACUGCAAAUAGUUUGUAUCCUUAAUAAUCCGAGUCGUUUCUUCUGAAAUUAUUUCAACGAUGAGUUCAAUCGGAACUGGGUAUGAUUUAUCAGCAUCGCAAUUUUCACCUGAUGGAAGAGUCUUUCAGGUGGAAUACGCUCAAAAAGCAGUUGAAAACAGUGGUACUGUUAUAGGAUUGAAAGGAAAAGAUGCUGUUGUAUUUGCUGUUGAAAAGCUAAUAACAUCAAAACUGUAUGAACCUCACACAAAUAAACGAAUGUUUAAUAUAGACAAACAUAUUGGUAUGGCCAUAUCCGGUUUGAUCUCCGACGCUCGCCAAAUUGUUGAAACUUCUCGCUUAGAAGCUGCUAAUUAUCGAGCCCAAUAUGGAAUUGGCAUUCCACUGAAAUAUUUGAAUGACAGAAUAUCUAUGUAUAUGCAUGCAUAUACAUUAUACUCAUCUGUUCGACCAUAUGGCUGUUCAAUUAUUUUAAGUUCCUACGAAGAUAAUACCCCUGAAAUAUAUAUGAUUGAUCCUUCUGGAGUUUCUUAUGGAUACAGCGGCUGUGCAAUUGGUAAAGCUAAACAAUCUGCUAAGACUGAAAUUGAAAAAUUAAGAUUAUCAACGAUGGAUCACAAUGAGCUUGUGAAAGAAGCAGCACGAAUUAUAUAUUUAAUACAUGAUGAGCUGAAAGAUAAACAAUUCGAACUUGAGAUGAGUUGGGUAGGUCGACAUACUAAUGGAAUUCAUGAGCCUGUUCCAAUGGAAAUAAAACAUGAAGCAGAAAGUAAAGCAAACCAAGCGCUGGCCGAUGAAUCUGAUAGUGAUACUGAAGAAAUGUAAAUUUUAAAAAAUUAAUAAAAGAAUAUUUGUUUAUGAAAUUAAUAUUUUACUGAUAAGAUUAAUCGUAAUUGUUGACACUUACUUCAUUUAUUUUGUGUUAUUUAUUGUUUACCAUAAGUUAAUUUUUGAAUAACAUAAUAAAUCAAGACUUUUUCGA